AUGCGUUACAAACCGGAAAGAAUAUCAAAAAUUAUAUCGUUGCGAAAUUUAUUCCGAAGCACCGAGCGUAAUAUUUUAAACAGCGACAUGUCGAGGAACCUGACGAUAGAGGAAGAAGAAGACGUCACCUGCCUCGGCCAUUACACUAUGGAAAAAGCUCUCAGCGAGGGUGCGAUAAAGACCGGAGCCUUUAAAGCCCCGAGCGACGGUCUAAAGACACUCGAUCGCAACAUGCACCUUCACGAAAAGAAGAAACAGCUCAGUCGCAGCAUCCACGACCUCCAGGAGCACCAGCGCGUUCUGGAUUACAUCCUGAAGAACCAGGAUUUACUCAAAACGCAAGAGGGAACUGCGUUUGCCAGGCAAACUUUAGAUAAAGUUAUACGCAGUACGAGCCCGACGAGACGUGAGAACCAGCCUCCGACAUACAAUGGGAAGAGUAACGUUCCCAUCCAAACUAAAGAUUUUUUCAGCAAUCAUAUUAGCAAUAUCAAGAGGAAUCUUUUCAAUGCGCGUAGUAAUGAAUGCGACAGAAUCGACAAUCAGAAAUUUUGCCAGACGACCGGUUUGGAGGAGCUCAUGUGUAAUCUACGAAUAGGCUGCGACGAGAGUGGCUACGACACUGAUAGCACGAGAGCAGGAGCCGAUUCUCCGGACAGUGAACAAGCGUCGGUACCAGCUAUGUUGAAACCCCGCAGUUUUUCCAUAACGUCGGACGAUUACCACGGAAUCGAUUUGUCGCUACCGCCGAUAACAAAAGACGUGGUAACGGAAGCGGAAGAGAGCAAAACGAGCGUAUCCACGUGCGCCGAUGACACUGUUAUCGUUAACAAGAGUUCAUUAAACGAAUCAGUCAGAACGGAUACGACAAUCGUAGCAUCUGAAAUGGACGAUACUGAUAGCUGCGACGAGGACACGUUCAAGGAGUUCGCGGAAUACCGGAUGAAUUGUACGCUGGAAUCGACAGUCAGCGCGUUAGGAAAUGCUGAUAACGAGUUGUUAAAAGGUUCUUCGGCCGUCAGCAAUAAUUUCGUGACGCCAUUCGCUUUUAGUAACGACGAGAUCAAGAGGGUCGAGAAGAAAUUGAUUAAGACAGAACAAACGGUGCCACUUUCGCAGGCGGUGAAAUCGCAGAAUUUACAGAAAUCGCAGAUACCGUUGAGAACGCGAGUACAUAGAGAGUCGAGUAUUGUGAAACUGUUAGAUAAUGCUGCAUCCCCGUGUAAAGAUAGCCCGCCAGCAUCUAAAGUCUGCGUGAAACUUGCGAGUCCUUUACAAUAUUACAGUCCGAAGAGGUCGCGUUCGAAUUUAGAGCCCGAGGGUCCCGAGGUCAACUCCAAAAGUAAAUUGAAAAAGUGUUCGCCGUUGGUGAAACCAGAAUCUUCUGCCCCAAUCCCUCCAACACCAGCGAAGACUUUAAUCCGCCGCGAAUUAAAGACUAUGAAGUUAACUUUGCAAAAGUUUGGUAGUCUUGGAAUUUCCGUAGAGAGGAAGGAAGCUGUGAGACCUUUUUAUGUAAUUUCGAAGAUGGAUCCCAACGGGGAGGCUGCGAAAUCGAAACUGUUCCGAAUCGGUGACGAGAUCGUCCGCGUGUGCGGCCGUAGAUUGCGUGGGAUGAGCAUUACAGAAGCUAGAAACGCGUUAAGGAAUUGUUCAGGUACUGUGGAACUGCAAAUAGCCAGAGAACCGACGUUCACGUUUGGGGAAGAGAUCGGAGACACUUGGGGCGAUAUACUAAUCCGCACUCGCAGCGAUUCUGAGGUGUGGACGCUGAAGGAAGGGAAGAACGACGCUACGACUUCGGUAGACGGCGUUACGCAGGAACCAGACGCUGCUGAAUGUAGAAUAGUCGGUGCUUUAACGAAAAACGGCAAGAACUUGUCUGCGAACUCGAUGGAGCGGAUGGACAGCGAGAGCGAGGCUACUGUGAUGAAAGAGAGUAGCCAGAAGAUGACUGGAAUGAAGAAGUUUCACGUAGUUAGGAAACGAACUACUAAUACUAUUUCCUAUCCUCGGAGGGCAACCAGUUUGUCGAUGGACUUGUUGACUAUUACUUUGAUGAAAGGAGCCUCGAAGAAAUUAGGCUUCUCUAUAGUCGGCGGAUCGGAUAGUAAUAAAGGAUCGAUGGGAAUUUUUGUGAAAGAUAUUUUGCCUGAUGGGCAGGCGGCUGAGGAAGGCACUCUGAAAGUUGGAGACGAAAUUCUGGCGAUAAAUGGUAUAUCCAUGGAUGGCCUGACUCAUGGAAAGGCGUUGCACACGUUCAAGGCUGCCAAGGCUGGGAAACUUGUCCUCCACGUGGGUCGCAGGGACCCAACACACAUACGGUUGGCUAAACGCCGAUAAAGGGAUUAAUUGGUCUAUGUAACACCGGAUACAUCAUUCAAUCGAAAUCGUACGAUUGUCUGAACAAAUUGACGGAAACGGGGGACGAAUGAGAGCACGGAAAUUGGGAAAAUCAAAUCCUAAACGUCAUUAAAAUCAUACUCGUGUCAUUAAGUUUAAACACGUUCGGUAGAUUCAAGAUAUGAACCAAAUUUCCUUUUACGACCUUAUUUUUUUUCUGUGAUAUAUCGUUUAUUUUAGUAUCUUCAUUGGUCCGAGGUCGGUAAUUGAAAUUAUGCCAAAACAAUCAAUUUUGAGUACUGAACGUGUACAUUAGCGAUUAGAAUAUCAAUCGUGGCACUAUAAGUUUCAUCGUUCUUGAAAUAAGAAAAUACUAUGAAUGAUGUUCACAAUUUGAGUACGUUAUUCCGUUUCGAUUAUGUUACAAGUCUAUAAAAAUUAAGUAUCAGCAUAGAAAUUGAUUUUGCUUUUCAGAACUAACGAAAUCGUGUAAUGAUAGGUAAUCAACGUGCAAAUCCAUUAUUCGUGUAUUUAUCGUAUUCGUACAAAUCGAUAUUAGGUUUAUUAAAUGGUGAACUAAUCUGUUUAAGACAAUAAUUGUGAUAUCGGUUAACUAUUUUCUACUGAAGAGCGCCCCAUUAAUGUUCGUUUCAUACUAACGACGUCGAUUAAUUUCGCAUACCUUCAUUCGAAAAUUCGCAAACGAUAUACUGGCGAAUUACAUGAUUUUUUUCAAUGCCAAUUUAACGAUGUGUAUGUAAAACUUAGAAAUUGUAUUUGUUCAAAUGACGUGUGUCUUCGAUCGAUAGUUAGAAUCUUAAAUAUAAAACUAAUAUUUGGUUUUUAUCGAAAAUGAUAUAUUAACUUUAGUACAUCUUCGUUCGUCGAAAAAAAAGUUAUAUGCACGAUAGUAGGAAUUGUUUAUAAUUGAACAAUUUUUGUUAUCGUAAAUAUAAUUAAAAUGUUAUAGUUUAAUAAUAAUACAUAGCCAAAUCCUGUUAGAUUAAACGCUAACAAUUUGGAUCAUGGCUGUUUGAUUUACUUCAGUGUAGCAGAAAUUCAACUUAUGUUUUGUAUAAAAAAACAUAUGCUUGGUCAAUGCAAGCUGCACAAUUCGAAUGAAGGUUGAUUAACUCGAGAACCGAAUACUCGUCGUCUGUUACUUACUACUCAAUUAGAUCGUAAGCCGUAGUUUCGUUGGUGAAUAAAUUUUAAGCUACUGAGACUGACAUUCGGAAUGUCUACCUGAGAAAUACUGUGAUAUUCAUUGUAGUCGCAUUAGCUGGUAUUUGUACAAACUGUAUUUAAAAUGAGUCUGGUUUUGUUAAUAAACGUGCCUACGUGGUUAA